AUGAAGGUCCAGGCUCUCUUCAAGAAGGGUGGCGCGGCCAAGGCCGCGCCCAAGAAGGCCGCCAAGUCGGCCCCCAAGCAGAAGGUCAGCUCGGGCACCCGCAAGGGCUGGUUGGGCGGCUUUGAGGAGAGCAACCUCUCCAAGUGGUACGGCCCCGACCGCGCCCUGUACCUGCCCGGCGGCCUGCUUGACCGCAGCGACCUGCCCGACUACCUGGACGGCAGCCUCGCUGGCGACUACGGCUACGACCCCCUGGGCCUGGGCAAGGACGCCGAGCAGGUGGAGAAGUACCGCGUGAACGAGCUGCUGCACGCCCGCUGGGCGAUGCUCGCCGCCGCUGGCAUCCUCAUCCCGGAGGCCCUCGAGGCCACCGGCUCCAACAUCGUCGGCGGCACCUGGUUCGAGACCGGCUCCAAGAUGCUCAACGGCGGCACCCUCAACUGGAGCGUCGCGCCCUUUGGCGUGAUCUCCAACCCGCUGCCGCUCGCCGCGGUGGCCGUGAUCAACGCCGGCCUGCUGGCGGCCGUUGAGCAGUACCGCGCCAAGGGCGAGGGCCCGGCCGGCUACUCGCCCGGCGUGGGCAAGUUCGACGCCGACAUCUUCGCCGGCCUCGACCCCCUCUACCCCGGCGGCCCCUUCGACCCCCUGGGCCUGGCCGACGACCCCGAGGUCUUCGCCGAGCUCAAGGUGAAGGAGAUCAAGAACGGCCGCCUGGCCAUGGUCUCCGUGCUGGCCUUCGCCAUCCAGAGCGCGGUCACCAAGGAGGGCCCCUACGCCAACUGGAGCAAGCACGUGGCCGACCCCUUCGGCUACAACCUCACCACCGUGCUGGGCGCCGGCGAGGAGCGCGUGCCCACCCUCUAA